CAUCACAAAUUCAAAGAGGAAAACUUAAACCCCAAAACGCUAACACCAUGCCCAGAGGUAACCAAAUUGGAAUAGUUUCCCUCUUAAGAAAACCAGUAAACCACCCAAUCACUUGCCUAACUUGUAAACCUCCUCAACAACAGCGAUAUCGCUGGUUACAUUUGCCUGCAUAUAUAAACACCUGAACAUGCCCCAUUUUAUCCUUACACAAGAUACCAGAUUAAGUCAGAAACGAAAAUAAGAACAUUUUGGACAUGGCAACCGGGCAACAAACUGGUGGAAUUACCCCGAGCCGCCAGGCCCGAGCAGACCGCGCUGUUCGUCCCGUGUACGAAGAUUUUACCCCCACCUCGGAAUGGAAAAAACAAGAACAAUCUCAACUCCUGCUUGUUUAUCUUCCCGGUUUCGCAAAGGAACAAAUAAAUGUUUCCGUUGAACGCAAGAAUACCCUCAGAGUUCGUGGGGAGAGCUUGGUUCGUGAUAAUAAAUGGAGCCGAUUCCAAGAGGAUUUUCGUAUCCCAGAAGACUGUAAUAUUAGCGGAGUUCGUGCCAAGUUCGAGGGGGAAACUCUUACGGUUACAUUUCCCAACAAGACUAGCCCAUUAGCUCAAGUUGGUCCUACGAAACAAGAAGCGAAAACCCCCACUCGAGAAGCAACUUCGCGCCCUGGAGAACAAGAAGCGAAAACCCCCAGUCGAGAAGCAACGUCGCGCCGUGGAGAUCAAGUCCCUCCAAAGACCAUAUCAGCUGUCAGUGAGGCUAAAAAAACGGAAGGGAAGGGGAUAACAGAAGGACCGAGCUCUCCGAAAGUUGCAACUGAACCACUCAAGUCCCAGAAGGGCCAGGGUGAAACACCUCCGAAACCUGCACCAAGUACAGCUUCGGCGAAACAACCAGCGGAUGGAAAGGGUGUUGGGUCUACUAGUGCUGCAAAGAUCAUUCCAGGGACUACUGAAACAAAAGAAACGAGCGAAGGAAAAGGGAACCUCGCGGAAGUUAGAAACGAAAAUAAGAACAUUUUGGACAUGGCAACCGGGCAACAAACUGGUGGAAUUACCCCGAGCCGCCCGGCCCGAGCAGGCCACACUGUUCGUCCCGUGUACGAAGAUUUUACCCCCACCUCAGAAUGGAAAAAACAAGAACAAUCUCAACUCGUGCUUGUUUAUCUUCCCGGUUUCGCAAAGGAACAAAUAAAUGUUUCCGUCGAAGACAAGAAUUCCCUCAGAGUUCGUGGGGAGAGCUUGGUUCGUGAUAAUAAAUGGAGCCGAUUCCAAGAGGAUUUUCGUAUCCCAGAAGACUGCAAUAUUAGCGGAGUUCGUGCCAAGUUCGAGGGGGAAACUCUUACGGUUACAUUACCCAACAAGACUAGCCCAUUAGCUCAAGUUGGUCCUACGAAACAAGAAGCAAAAACCCCCACUCGAGAAGCAACUUCGCUCCCUGGAGAUCAAGUCCCUCCGAAGACCAUAUCAGCUGUCAGUGAGGCUAAAAAAACAGAAGGGAAUGGGAUAACAGAAGGACUGAGCUCUCCGAAAGUUGCAACUGAACCACCCAAGCCCCAGAAGGGCCAGGGUGAAAAUGCAAAGAUUAUUCCAAGGACUACUGAAACAAAAGAAAGGAGCGAAGGAAAAGGGAACCUUGCAGAAGUAAAAACACCCGAGAAUAUUGCGCUGGAAAAGGCUGUACAGAAGGAAAAGGAUAUUGAUGAGAAAGGUAAAGAAUCACUUGUGGCUGAAAAUUAUAUUGAGAAGGUUGUGAAGAAAGAAAAAGAAGAGAGCGGAGGAACUGCUACUGUUUGGAAACCAAAGAUUGCUGGCUUUUCAGAAGUUCCGAAACAGAAGCAAACCACUGACGAUGUGGCUUCUGGUGGUGGUGGUUCUUAUGAGGGUUUUGCAGAGAAGUAUAAGCAGGCAAUGGAGGAACUUAUUGCCAAGAGAGAAAACCUAAACGAAGAGAGACAAUUACUAUUGAACAUGGGAACGGCUAUUCUCGUCAUUGUGGCACUUGGGGCUUACAUCUCAUACACGAUAGGCGGCUCCUCAGGAAACACCGAACACUAGUUCUCUUAUCUGUCACGAUCUUGUAUUUCAGGGUUCUUCUGUGUAAAAUAUAGGACCACUGAUUCUCAUAAUAACAUGAAUAACAGUGAUAUUUAUAGCAACAGUCAGGCAACAAGCCUACAAACAUCAAGGCAUGCAACUUUUACGUCUACUAUAAAAUUUCAGUGUGACACUC